AUGAAGAGAUGUGUGAAAUCAGUGAGUCCCAGGAAUCUGUCGGUGCCUCGCACCUCCGCAGAGAAGGCCACGCAAGGCUCUGACGCUGACCUAGAGGUUGAAAAUGCUGAGGUGGCCUUUGCAGGCAUGAUGGGCACAGAGCUGUACUUGGAAGCAUGCAGGCCAGUGGAGGUGGUGCCUGUCACACACUUUAUUCAGAACUUGGCCAACCCUUAUCUAAACCUGAACCACCACGGUCUAGGACCUGUCAAAGCCAUUGCUAUUGCUCUGGUGUCCAAUGCAGCUGUCAUCCAUCUAGAAUUGGAAGACAACUGCAUUCUGGCAGAAGGAGCCAUAUGCAUAGCAGAGAUGCUAUGACAGAAUUCCUCCCUUCAAGAACUGAACAUUUCCAGUAACCAGCUAGGCACAGCAGGAGCCAAAGCCAUUGCCAGGUUGCUUUUGGAUAACGUGUCCUAUCUCACACUCUUCAGCUCUCAGGGGGGCUGAAACAAAUUUGGAGAAGAGAUCAUACCAUAUUUUGCUGAGGCAUUAAUGGGCAAUUACCAAGUGAAGGAGCUGGACCUCAGCCACAAUGAGUUCUCUGAGAAGGGAGGGCAGCUCCUGGGACAGAGGCUCGCAACACUGGAGAUUCUGGACCUGAGCUGGAACCACCUGAGGAGGAAGGGCACUGGGCACAGGCCCCAGGGCAAUGGUGCACUGAAAAUACUCAACCUUUCUUGGAAUGGAAUUGGCAACAAGAGAGCACUGGCUGUAGGAGAAGCUCUCAAACUCAAUAACGUGCUGGUUCACCUGGACAUCAGCAACAACCAGAUCAACAACAAGGGAGCCAAGAAGCUCUGCAGGGGCCUUGAAGUCAAUGGAAAACUCAGAAUCCUGAAGGUAAAACAAAACACCCCGACCAUGGAAGGUGCCACUGCGCUAGUCACACCUGUCAGAAAGAACCCCAAAUCCAUGCUGGAGAUCAACAUCUCAAAUGUGUUGGUGAAUGAAACUUUCAUCAAGUUGCUGGAUUUGGUGUGUUAAAUGAGUCCUGAACUAGGUGUCAUCCAUAGUGAGGUUGAAAGCUAUAUCACCAAGAUCCCCAAGAAGCAUCCAAAUCCCGUGAAAGUAAUUCAGAACUAUUUGAAAGAGCACAACCUAUGACUCUGGGACUUUUUUAGAAAUAUUGACAAGGAUGGGAACAUGAAGAUCCCUGUGGCAGCCUUCUGAAAAGCCGUGAUGCAGCAACCAAGCACCCCACCGAACUGCGUCCAAAUUGGGGAGCUAGUGCACAAGCUAGACUGGAAUCAGAGAGAGAUUGUGGACUAUAGUCACUUAAAAAAUCAGAAGCCAGUACAGAAGCCUGUGGAAGUGGAAAUUGAGGAGGAAGAGAAGGAAGAACUGUAA